ACAACCUAAGAUACUGCACUCAACUUCACGAGAUGGCUCAAGGCUGUUGAUUGAUUCCAAGUUGUGUUGAUGAAGUAACAAUGAUCGUUCAGCGGCAGUUCCACGCGACCCUGCUGGUUCUGGCCGCCGUUGUCCUCGGUUUGCCAACUCCACACUUCGCAGUCGAGGCGAGCAUUGACGUCGAAGACGCCAAUGUGGAUCUCUCUCAAGAUCAGAUUGACAUCUUUAUAGAAGAAGCUACUUCCUACUUGGUUCGUGUUUGCCAUACGAAGGAACAAGACCCCGACCAUGAAGGAAAGUUCACGUAUAUUGCAUACUUGGACGAAGAAUUACCAUUGGACUUUACGGACGAGGAAGUCGCGGAAGAGGACCUUGAUCAAACGUACAACUUGUUGCGCCAUAGCGGGACCAUCUAUUCCCUUUGCUUGUCAUAUAAGCGUACUGCUGAUCCAAAGGUUUUGAAAGCCAUCGAACGAUCGAUGGAGUUUGUCCAAGACCGGGCCCUUGGACCCGUCCCGGUGGCGUCCCAUGACGACGACGAACGUUAUGAGUACGACGUUGGCGAAAAGCCAAGCUACCUUCCCGACCUUCUUGCAGUCUGGGAGACCAAACGAGUUGUACCCAACCUUUCCAAUCCUCCCAAAGCCGAACUCGGUGGUGCGGGGUUGACAUUACUUGCCAUGGUGAAUUUGGAACAGAUUCUUCCUGGUACCUUUGAACUGACCGAUCUGCGCAAGUUGGCAAAUUUUAUUCAGUUCAUGCAAAAGGCAGACGGGAGCUUUUAUUCCCAAUACUUGCCCUUUGACGGUGGUAAAGACAACCACAAUCCAUCUCUGUUCUAUCCAGGAGAGGCAUGCUUGGCACUGUUGUACCUGGUAUCGAUUGAAACCGACGAACACUACAAGGCGCAGUGGAUCCAAACGGCGACCCGAGCUCUCUUGUACUUGGAACGGUACCGACGCGACAUGGAAAUCAAUGAAAUUGAACCGGAUCACUGGGCAUUGAUUGCUACCUCCAAGCUCUUGCCGCUGCUAAACCCAGAAGGCAGUGACUAUGGACUCAUCUACCGGCACGGUGUGCGGGUCGCUGCCAGAAUGGUAUUGGGAAUAUCAAAAGAGACCUUGUUGGAAGACGAUGGCUGUCAAACUUGCACUACCGGCGAUGGAAACACGUGUGCCACUGCUGCCCGUCUGGAAGGACUGAUUGCGGCACUCACGUUUAUUGAUGAGGAUGAGUUGAUUAUUCCAGAGACUGACCGUCGUGGAAGAGAAGUCAAUGUAUACGACAGAGUUCUGUUCUUUGUUCGACUGGGAGUUCAGUUCCUGGUGGAAUCUCAAGAACACGACACAUCCAACAAUAUGCAAGGCGGUGUCCCGGCGAAAACGGAGGAGGAUCCGAACGAAGUGCGUAUUGACUACGUCCAACACAGCAUGUCGGCCAUCAUCAUGUACGAAAUGACAGUGAUAUCGGAAUCGGAAUCGUCGUAACAUCAGCAAGGCAGCUAGCUAGUGCGUGCACAUGGGUUACCGUUGCCCUUUGUAACUGGCAGGAAAGAGCCGGCCUCGGGCGCAUCUACUUUCUGACCUAUUACAUAAUCCCCGAUGCACCGUUACUUCUCUAGUCUAGGUU